AUGUCGUCAAAAUCAGGACUACCUUUGGAAGUCCCAAAGGGUCAUUUUGUUGUAUAUCUUGGCGAGAACAGAAGCAGACACAUUCUGCCUAUAUCUUUCUUGUCUAUAGACUCCAUACCUGAGUUUCAAAGCUUGCUUCAACAAGCAGAAGAGGAGUUUGGAUUUGACCAUGACAUGGGUCUCACAAUCCCUUGUGAGUAA